AUGACAAUUAUCUUCCCAACCUCCAUGAUCCUUACUGCAAUGUGUUGGGGCGGCAGAUUUACGAGUACUACUGCUCUUGGUACUGCUAGUUCUAACACUGCUGCUCUUGGUGCUACUAGUUCUGGUGCUGCUAGUUCUGGUACUACUAGUUUUGGUACUGCUAGUUCUAACACUGCUGCUCUUGGUGCUACUAGUUCUGGUGCUACUAGUUCUAACACUGCUGGGCUUGGUGCUACUCUUGGUGCUACUAGUCUUGGUAGUGCUAGUUCUGGUAGUGCUAGUUCUGGUAGUACUGGUUUUGAUGCUGCUACUGCUUGUUCUGGUACUGCUUGUUUUGGUAAUUCUGUGUUUGGUUGUGCUGCAUUUGGUUGUGCUAUGUUUGUUGGUACUAUGUUUGGAGCUGCUGCUUGUUUUGGUACUACUGGUUUUGGUGGUGCUAUGUUUGGCAGUACUGUGCUUGUUGGUACUAUGUUUGUUGGUACUAUGUUUGGAGCUGCUGCUUGUUUUGGUACUACUGGUUUUUGGUGGUGCUAUGUUUGGCAGUACUGUGCUUGUUGGUACUAUGUUUGUUGGUACUAUGUUUGGAGCUACUACUUGGUUUGA